GCGAGAGAUCCCAACCUCCCAAAACCUCAUCACCACGAUGAAUUCCUUCGCCAGCACCCUCUCCCUCUUUCUCUCCCUCCACGACGACUCGGACCUCGACGACAACGACCCCGUCCACCCCUUGCUAUCCCUCUUGGACGCCUUACUCUCCUCCAUGGCCGCCCUCUGCUUAACACGCCACCACCUCCUAGCCCCCACCAUCGACCGCAGCGUCAAGAUGAUCCCGAACCGUAGCAGCGAUGACUCAGUUCUUCGAACCCCCGAUCAUGGAGAUGGCGGCAAGAGAGCUUCAUCCGGUACCACUCCACCAGCCCCCCUGAUAGUGAAGAGCCGACAAUUUACGGCCCUGUUCGAUGGCGGUGAGGGCGUGGUGCGAAUGCUUCGGUUUGAGGUACUUGUAAAUAAAGUACUGGAUUAAAGGCAAAGAUCGGACUGAGUUGACG